AUGGCCGAAGCAUUUGGCGUCGUGGCCAGCGCGAUCAGCAUCCUCAGCCUGCUCGAACACAUUAUCACAAGCAUCGAGAAACUCAAGGCUCUUCGCGCCUUCAUCAAAUCGAUCCCGCGUGAGUUGGAAGAUUUGAUUGAAGAGAUCGAGAUCGUGCAAGGUGUGCUGCAAACUUUGACGCCGGACAUGUUCGACUUCAUGAACAUCCCUCUUACCCAGCGGCGGCUAUCAUCAUUUCAGAGCGACUUGGAAGUUCUGAUUCGCGAGAUCGAGAAAUACCGGAUCGCCGCCACGGGACGAAGGAUCGCCAUGGUGAAGCUUGCGUUGAAGAGAGAUGAAAUCCGAGCGCAGAGGCAGAACCUGGAUAACAUCAAAGGCACGCUACUGCUGCUUCAACAGGCGUACUGCAGUGCGUCGUUACGGGAACUGGGCUCGAUAAUACGCACCCAGACCAGUCAGACGAGCAAGUUGAAGAUGGAAGCACACAAGCAAAAUGAUCAAUCCCUUUACCAGACAAGGAGGGGGAAAACACAGCGCAAUGAACAGCAGACGUGGAAGCUCCAGCUCCGCACUCCUCUGAUCGUCAUCGACAAAUUCUGGAAUUUCCAGCUAAGGCGCCUCUAUUCCGGCUGGACAUUUAGCAUUCGGUCCUGCAAUAUCGUGCCACGAAACGCUCCCAUAUGGGAUGCUUGCUGGAAGGGUGAUGUUGAAGAAGUUCAAAGACUCUUUUCAGCUGGUCUGGCAACCCCGUUGGAUUGCGACGACUUGGGGAGGAGUAUCCUAAGUCAUGCCGCCUACUGGCAUGAGCUUGAGGUCUGCCAGCUGCUUCUCGAGAACGGAGCUGAUCCAGACCAUACAGACCACGGAGGAUUGACCGCCCUUCAAUAUUACGAGAAAGGCUUCUGCGCGCGUUCUAUGUCAGGAGGCCUCCCGGACACCGUAUCACCAGAUGACAUCUGUUGGCUGCGAACAUUGAUUGACGCCUCAAAGGAUUGUUAUGAUCCAUUUGAAGACCUCGGACAGCAAGAGGAUCCAUGGGGGAGAGGCUUGUGUGGACCACCCGAAAUCCUCACUUUCAUGCAGCAACAAACCUUUGACAACUAUGCCAGUUUACCUCUCCAAUUUCGCUUCGAAAGAGCCAUGGCUCUCAGUUCAACUACUGCAACAUCUUCCAUGAUAGAGAUCGCCCUUGGUGGGGGUAUCGAACCGGAUGUUUUCGAUCUGAAUGAUAAAUACAACAGGGAUCUUCUAGACAAGAUAAUUGUAUGUAUGGGGGUGAGCUUUGGGUUUGAGAGAGAACGAGCACUCGAAUGGCGACCACUCUUCUCAGACGCCAUUGCAGCUUGUACUGACGUGAACAAAACAUGGCUUUGGGAACGUGGGACAGCAGCCACCCUACUUCUCAUGUUCUUACAGUCCUACGUACGGAACUGGAGAGCAAUUCGGCGAUUGCGCUACGACUUCAACCCCAUCCUCCAAAAAUGGGUCACUGAACUGAAGCUUGCUGGUGUUGACCUCGAAACCUACGGUGCGACGGAGCAGCUUGUGCAUGAGACCGACCCACUCCUUGAUCUCGAGGUGCUUGUUUAUGUUGGGCCUUUGAGAUCAUAUUCUUGGUUUACAAGUGAGAGUAUUGACGUGCUGCCGUUUCGCAUUCUCAAAAUAGCUUAUGGCCCCGAGCCGGAGGACUGGCGGAUCUGGGUGACGAAUCCAAUCGAUGAACUGGUUGGUGAGUUUUGGGAGAUGGUCGAACGCGAGGAGGAGGUUAUGCCGGGGUCCUGGGUUGACUAA